AUGAGUUUACUGGAAGUCUCUCAAUUGACCUGCUCUCAGGGAUCCCAAUUGACCUACUCUCAUGGAUCUCAAUUGGCCUGCUCUGAGCAAUGCGGGUUCUUUCAGUGGGCUGAUGAACAGUAUCCGACUGGUCAUAAGCAUGUAGAUGAGAUGAAUGAGCUUAGGCUUGAGUUAAUGCGUCAGCGAGAUAAAUAUAAUCUCAAGCUAGAAGAAUUCGAGGAUGAAAGAGUUGCUUGGAACAGAAAGGAGGCAGAGAUUAUGUCGCAACUAUCAUCUGUUAGAGCAGAGCUAGAUCAGAUGAAGAAGAGACUCAUGAAAGUAGAUGAUCCAGAGCCUCUUCCCUUUUAUGAGAAUAAACUUUCUGGUUCAGACAACAUGGAAGAGGAUGAUGCAAAGGUUAUUCAAGAGGUGGAAUCACCCUGA